CAUAUUUAAAUGAAAAUAAACAAAGUAUUUUAAUUUUCGCGAAAUAUUUUUUAAAUUAGAAGACUUGAAUCUCGUGACCAUCUCGAAUGUCGUAAUACCUUUCAUAAUAUACAGUUUUAGAAAAUCUUAAAAUGAAUUUCCUUCGAAUUUUGUCUAACAACAGUACAAAACUGUACAUAACACAUCAAUUUCGUUUUAUCUGUUGGUCUUGUGGGAAAGACCCGAAAACCUUGGUCGUGAACCUCUUUUGUUCUAACUGCAAUGCUCUUCAGAAACCAAACAAAGAAGACAAUUACUUCAAAAUAAUGGGUGUUAGUGAAACAUAUGAUUUGAACGAAAAUGAUUUAGCUAAAAAAUACAAAGAUCUGCAAAAAUAUCUACACCCAGACAAAUAUGCUAAUAGAGUCAAAGAAGAACAAGAAAUAUCUGAAAAAUAUUCUUCCUUAGUAAAUGAAGCUUAUAAAACAUUGUUGGAACCAUUAGCAAGAGGUAUCUACAUGCUUCAAUUAAGAGGUAAAGACAUUCCUGAAAAAACAGAAGUUGAUCAAGAAUUUCUUAUGAAAAUCAUGGAGAAGAAUGAAGAAGUAGAAUCAGCAGAAACAGAGGAAGAAAUCAUGAAUUUAAAUGAGGAAAAUAAAAAUAAAAUUCAAUCCUUACAAAAACAGUUAUCAACGGCAUUCUUUGAAGGUGAUCUCAAAAGGGUUACCAAGUUGCUAACUCAAUUAAAAUAUUACACCAGUAUAGAUAACCAAAUACAGUCUGUUAUACGAAGUAAAGGAAUAAUAAGAUAACAAAUUUUAAAUAUUGAGUUGAAUAAAAUUCGAAUAGCUAUGAUUUGAUUUAAUAUUAUUGUUGUAUAUUUGAAAUUAUAGUUUAUGUACUAAUGUU